UGACCUGAAGAGGUAGUGGAGCUGAAAAAGUCAGUUGAGUCUAGCAGAGAAUUGAAGUUUUUGUUCACUUGGCUUAAGCAUCAGUGAUACAGUAAAUGAGACUGAAGGGUAGUGAUCAAAGGUUUAAACUGUGUGUUUAUUUUAGCGCUGCUGGGACAUCGCCCUGGGGCCCCUCAAACAGAUUCCAAUGAACCUCUUCAUCAUGUACAUGGCAGGCAAUACCAUUUCCAUCUUCCCUACUAUGAUGGUGUGUAUGAUGGCCUGGCGACCCAUUCAAGCACUUAUGGCCAUUUCAGCCACUUUCAAGAUGCUGGAGAGUUCAAGUCAGAAGUUUCUUCAAGGUUUGGUCUAUCUCAUUGGGAACCUGAUGGGUUUGGCAUUGGCUGUUUACAAGUGCCAGUCCAUGGGACUGUUGCCUACACAUGCAUCAGAUUGGCUAGCCUUUAUUGAGCCCCCUGAGAGAAUGGAGUUCAGUGGUGGAGGAUUACUUCUGUGAACCCAAGAAAGCACCAUAUAUAUGGACCUCGUUUGCAUUUUUAAGCUGUUGACUCCUAAAUAUCCUCACUUAAAAUAAUCAUGCAUGUUGAAAAGAGCAAAAAAGCUUGCAUUUUUUCCAUGGUGAGGAGAGAGAUUCUACAAGGACAGUGUGCAGCAUGUUAUAGCAGAAAAGAAACUAUAGCACAACUUAUGACUGAAAAUAAUGUAGAAAACUUUAUUUAUGUUCCCAGCACAGAGCAAGACAAACAAAACCAGACUCUAUGUAAACAAAAGAAUAGCAGCUGCUGAGUAGCAGCAUCUCCUUUCAAUAAAUUAAAUGGUUGAGAACAAUGCUUUAAUGUUU